AUGACUGAAUUUUGGAAAUCAGGCGAACGACAUUUUUGUACAUUUUGUAAAUGUUGGUUAGCUGGAAAUAAAAUCAGCAUUGAUCUUCACGAAAGUGGAAAUCAUCACAAGAGUAAUGUGAAAGCUAAACUGGAUCUACUACGUAAGAAUAGCUUAGAAAAAGAACGUCAAGAUAAACAACUAAGUCAAACACUUGGUAAAAUGGAACGUGCUGCUAAUGAAUCGUUUCGUCGUGAUAUGGCAUCUACUACAAUCAAUGGUUCAAACUACAAUCAAGCAAAUAAUUCCACAACAACAGAUCCAAAUCUUCCUUCGAAACUUAAACGACCAUUAAAUCAACCUGUACAAGUACAAUGUAAAAAGCCAAAAUUUGUUAUUAAAACUCCAACACCGAAGCCAGUUUAUGAAGCUAUUGAAACACCAACUGACGAAGUCAAAACUCCUGAACAACAGCCAGAAGCAAAACCAACAAGUACCAAUCAUGAUAAGAAAGGUACUUGGUAUGAAUCGAAAACUGAAACACAAGAAUCAUUUUAUUGGAAUGAUGUAACCGGUGCAUCAACAUGGACACCACCUGAUGUCUAUCUAUCAAUCGAAGAGCAACGAGCAAAAGGAUUAAAAGUUUAA